GACGACUCAGGAGCCGACAAAACUAAUAAAAGCAACCAAGAAAAAAAGGCUCUCCGCAUCAGAAAUCCUUUUUUAACAUUAAAAAUUUCAAUCAUAGAUUCUUAAUUAAGAUUCUCGCCUUAGCUAAUUGAGUAAAACUUACACCGCCUUUCGUAAAUUUUUUAAACUAUUUUCUUUUCUUUUUUUUUAAACACGUACAUGAAAAUUUGGUAUUUGAUCCAGGAGUUCUCUUCCUCACUAAAUCUUCCUCUUCUCAAGCAUCCGCUGCUGCCAAGUUUUUGACGUGUCGAUAUUAGCUUAUUUAAUCAGAGGCUGUGAUUAUAUCUUCUUCACGCUUAUCUGAGAGUUAAAUCUUAGUUUUAUUGAUUCGAGUAUGUUGUGAUGGCAGACCUAAAAGAGCGUUUGCUUCCACCGAAACCUCAAUCGGCUAUAAACAUUAGAGAUGCUUCCUAUCGGCCAUCUGCCUCUGGACGCCAGCCUUUCCAAGGCAUGGAUUUAUCAGGGUUAAAGAAGCGGGGCCAAGGACUCAGAUCUUGGAUCCGUGUUGAUACAUCUGGGAAUUCACAAAUAAUCGAGGUUGACAAGUUCACUAUGAUGCGUCGAUGUGAUCUACCAGCCCGAGACCUACGGCUUCUUGACCCUUUGUUUGUUUACCCCUCGACAAUCCUCGGUAGAGAGAAGGCUAUUGUUGUAAAUUUAGAGCAGAUAAGGUGUAUUAUCACUGCCGACGAGGUUCUACUCUUGAAUUCCCUUGAUAGCUAUGUUUUGCAGUAUGUUGUGGAGUUACAAAGGCGACUUACAAGUGGAGUAGGUGAGGUAUGGCAAUCAGAGGGUCCCGAGUUGAACAGAAGAAGAAGCAGUAGGGGUUUUGACUAUGUAUACGGAAGCACAUCCCCUGAUUAUUUGCCCUUUGAGUUUAGGGCUCUUGAAGUUGCUUUGGAAGCUGCCUGUACAUUCCUUGAUUCACAGGCAGCAGAAUUGGAAAUUGAAGCAUAUCCACUAUUGGAUGAACUUACAUCAAAGAUCAGUACGUUAAACUUGGAGCGUGUCCGUAGAUUGAAGAGCAGACUUGUUGCAUUGACUCGAAGAGUUCAAAAGGUUAGAGAUGAGAUAGAACAGCUGAUGGAUGAUGAUGGUGAUAUGGCGGAAAUGUAUCUUACUGAGAAGAAAAGCAGAAUGGAAUCAUCAUUUUAUGGUGAUCAAUCUUUAAUGGGAUUCAGAUCGAAUGACGGACUUUCUGCUUCUGCUCCAGUUUCUCCUGUUGCUUCACCACCCGAAUUGCGCAGGCUGGAGAAAAGCCUGAGCAUUGCAAGGAGCCGCCAUGAGAGCAUGAGGAGUUCAGAGAGCGCUACAGAGAAUAUUGAAGAGCUUGAGAUGUUACUGGAAGCAUACUUUGUUCUCAUUGACAGCACCCUAAAUAAGUUGACUUCAUUGAAGGAAUACAUUGAUGACACGGAGGAUUUCAUCAACAUUCAGCUGGAUAAUGUUCGAAACCAGCUGAUCCAAUUUGAAUUGCUACUGACAACUGCAACAUUUGUCGUUGCCAUUUUUGGUGUGGUAGCUGGAAUAUUUGGUAUGAACUUUGCCAUACCUAUGUUUGAUGACCCUGGUGCAUUCAAGUGGGUCCUGAUAAUUACAGGGGUUUGCGGGAUCAUCAUAUUCUGUGCAUUUGUGUGGUUCUUCAAGUACAGAAGACUUAUGCCCCUAUGAAAAAAGGAAAUUAAAGAAGAAAAAAACUGUACUUUUGGCAUCAUUGUUACCAAUUUUUAUUUACCCUGAAAUGUAUAUGGGAAUUUAAGAAAACCAAAACAUAAAGCUCUGAUUUUAGAGUCCACUCUUUUUUGUUGCAAUUGCACUUCCAUCUUUCACUGCAAAUGUAACCUUGCAUGGUUAAAAUGGAGAGAGAAGGAAAGAAUGUCGAGACUUGUUGCAGGCCGAUGGGGUAUUCUCAUUUUUGUUGCGUCUUCAAUCAGCUAUUUGUCCUCUUUGGGUACUUAGGCUUCCUCUAAGGUGGUUAUUUGAUGUGGUGUAUAAUAAAUUUGAGGGACAUGUGGGUGCUAAAAGAGGAUAAUACCCAAUUACAGGUCGGUUGGACGUGAUAGAAUUGGCUUAUCACAACAUAACUUUCUUGAAUUCAACUUAGUGUUGUGCAAAAAAGUUUACAACUCUGGUGGAAUUGAAUUUUAACCAAAGCAGUAGUUAUGGGGCUCAUACAGUUGCUUUGAAAGUUGUUUCGCUCACUUGAUUGUGAGGUUUAGCAAAUUAUAUAUAUGCGUAGUUGUUCUUUGGUGUUGUGUAA